AACCAUGUUCAAUCAAGAAAAAUACAAAACAAAGCAAAACAAGAACUAGAAAGGAGGAAAAAAGGAAAAACAAAAAAAGUCCAGUUCAAGGUGUGUCUCUGCUGUCACUGUUAGGUAAUGUGGGCAGAGUCCAGAGCCAAAGUGAUUAAUCCCAGCAAGCGAGCUGCAGCUUCACGGUGGAGUAGUAGAUAAUCCCAGCCAUCCUGCCCCUUCAGUUCCUCUGAAGUUCAGGCUGGUUUCUAGCUAUGAGGCUGGAACCAGAUUCCUUGAUCCUACAACAGUCUGUGUGUCUCCUGCCGGUUUGAACUCCACUCCCUGACCUUCUGCUGAUUUGAACUUGGCACCACACUGGGAGCCACUAGAUGGAGUCCACCUGCAGCUGUUCUGAGUUCUGAGCUCAGUUGGCCCCUCUCCAAGAUGGCUACCAGCCAAUCGCCCUCUCCUCGGUGAGGUCUGAACCUCUUUUGUCUUGCAGCUUCCAAAAUGCUCUCUUUGACUUUGAUUUUUGAAGUCUGGUUAAAGUAUAUCUGUUGAACUCUUGGUUAAACCUGGAAACUUUUUAACUUUUCAUCCCUGUAUGGUCCAUAUCACUCUGCAGAGUAGGGACUUUUACUGGCAUCUCUUUAAACUUUCUCUGACUCAUCUUACACUUUCACAAUACUAAUGUUAGCUCUGCUUAUGUUAUUUCAUACAUUACAUAGGUUUUCUUUAUUCCUUUUUAUUAAUUUUUAUUUUUUCUUCAUUUUCAAACUGUCUUUGAGGUCAGAGUUCUUUCUUUUGCUUGCUGUUGACACCCUGUAAUGUGUUUUUAAUUUCAUUCAUUGUAUUCUUUGUUGAAUGUCUUCCCUUUUUGUUGAAUGUCUUCCCUUUUUAUUGCUAUAUGAUUUUUCUCAUUUUUUGAGCUGCCUAUCUGUGUUUCUAACCUUCCUUAAUUGUUUUGUAUUCUUUGUCAGGCAUUUCCUGAUCUCUUUUUCUUUAUAUUGGUUACUGGAAUAUCAUUGUGUUCCUUUGGAGUGUUCUUUUUCUUUGGUUUUCAUGUUCCUUGAAGUCUUGGUUUGAUUAUCUUCACAUGCAACAAAGCAGUCACCUCUUCCAGUCUUUACUGAGUGGCUUCAGGAGAAAAUCACCUUCCCUAAACAGAAUGGACCCUGCCUGGCCAGUUCAGAAACACAGGAAGAAAAAUGGCUACAGGAUUGCUGACAGCCCAGUCCCAGAACUCAGUGACCUUCCAGGAAGUGGCAGUGGACUUUUCCCAUGAGGAAUGGGCAUUGCUGAACCCUGCUCAAAAAAGUCUAUACAGAGAUGUGACACUGGAGAACUUUAAGAACCUGGCCUCAGUGGGUUACCAGGUCUGCAAACACAGUCUGACCUCCAAGGUGGAACAGGGAGAGCUGAGGACAGAGGAGAGAGAAGUUCUUCAAAGCGCCUGUGCAGGCUGGCAAGCUCAACUUAAAUCAAAAGAUGCAAUUCCUAUGCAGAAUGUUCCUAGGGAUACAUCCAGUGGCAUAAGGAUGGUACGAACUCAACCUGGCACGAAACCUGUAGAAAGCAAUCAUUGUGAAAAAUUCUUCAGAAAGAACCUUCAUUUUUUUUAUACCAGGCAUUUCAAGGAAGAAAAGUCCUGUAGGUAUAUAGAAUAUGGCAAAGUCUUCAGACAUUCUUCGGCUCCUAGGAGUCAUGUGAAAAAAGCUUUCAGUGGGGAGUCAACCCUUAUGAAACAUUUAAGAAUUCUCACAGGAGAGUGUGCUCAUGAGUGUAAUCAGUGUGGUAUAUCCCUCACUCUACAUCCUUCCUUCUCAGCAUAUGGACAAAUACAUGCUGGAGAGAAACUCUGUAAAUGCACUGACUAUGGAAAAACAUCUUCAUUUAAUGUUCACAAAAACAUACAAACCAUGGAGGAGGGCUUGGGACGUAAUGAAUGUGGGAAAGCUUUCACUGGCCCUGUAUCCCUUCAGAAAUAUGUCAGAACUCACACUGGAGAGAAGUUCUAUGAGUGCAGUGACUGUGGAAAAGUCUUCAUUUUUCAGUCUUCCCUUAAGAAACACAUGAGGUCCCACACUGGUGAGAAACCCUAUGAAUGUAAUCAUUGUGGGAAAUCCUUCAGCCAGAGCUCUCAUCUCAAUGUGCACAGAAGAACUCACACUGGAGAGAAACCCUACCAAUGUAAGGAAUGUGGGAAGGCCUUCACUGUUCCUUCAUCCCUUCAGAAACACGUGAGGACCCACACAGGAGAGAAACCCUAUGAGUGCAGUGACUGUGGGAAAGCCUUCAUUGAUCAGUCAUCCCUUAAGAAACACACACGAUCUCACACUGGAGAAAAACCUUACAAGUGCAAUCAAUGUGGAAAAUCCUUCAGCACAGGCUCUUACCUGAUUGUGCACAAAAGAACUCACACUGGAGAGAAAACCUAUGAGUGUAAAGAAUGUGGAAAGGCGUUUAGAAAUUCCUCUUGCCUGAGGGUACAUGUGAGAACACACACUGGAGAGAAGCCCUAUAAAUGUAUUGAGUGUGGAAAAGCUUUCAGCACAAGUACUAACCUUAUAAUGCACAAACGAAUGCAUACUGGACAGAAGGUAUGAGCAAAAACAACCAUGGAAAAGCUUGUGUCCUUCAACCUUCAUUCCUCAUUUUUUAAUUCACACUAGAGAAAACAUACUGUAAAUAAUAUGGAAAAGGCCUUGAGGCAUAACUCUUUGUUAUUGGAGAAUAAACCUUUUAAAAACUGUUUCAUCAAAAUUGUAAAAUGGUAGUUUGUAAUAAAGAUUGUAUUAUAACUAUAUCA